UUACAAAUCGCCGUGCGCAGUGGCUUUAGGCCUGGUCGGAAUCGGCUGCUGUGUGUAAUGGUGGUGAUGGUUGCUUUGCCUGUGCUCGUUUAUUACUAAAAUCAGUUGGGUGCGAGACAUUUCAAUCUCUCCCUCUAAUCGGCCAUCAUGGGUGCGGUGCUUGGGCUUUGCACAGCCUCACAGCUGGCCUGCUGCUGUGGCUCUGCGGCAUGCAGUCUGUGCUGCUCAGCCUGUCCAUCAUGUGCCAACUCAACCAGCUCCCGCAUCAUGUACGCCUUGAUGCUUCUGGCAGUCACUGUGCUGUCUUGCAUUCUGCUGGCUCCUGGACUUCAGGACACCAUGCAAAAGGUUCCGUUCUGCAACGACCACGCUCCGGGGGCGGUGAAGCUCGACUGCAGCACGGCCGUCGGCUACAUGGCCGUCUACCGGGUCUGCUUCGUCGCCACCCUGUUCUUCAGCCUGAUGGCGCUCGUCAUGAUCAACGUCAAGUCGUCCAAGGACGGCCGAGCCGGUGUACAGAACGGAUUUUGGGCCAUUAAAUACCUACUGCUGAUUGGCGGCAUCGUCGGCUCGUUCUUCAUCCCAGCCGGCAGCCUCAACUGGUGGAUGUACUUUGGCAUGAUCGGUGGCUUCAUCUUCAUCCUGAUUCAGCUGGUGCUCAUCAUAGACUUCGCUCACUCCUGGGCCGACAACUGGGUGUCCCGGUACGAGGAGACCGAGUCCAAGGGCUGGUACUGCGCGCUGCUGUUCUGCACGUUCCUCCAGUACGCGCUGGCCAUUACCGCCGUCGGCCUGUUCUUCGCCUUCUACACACGACCGGACGGCUGCGGCACCCACAAGUUCUUCAUCAGCUUCAACCUGAUCCUCUGCGUGGCGGUCUCGGUGCUGUCGGUGCUGCCGAAGGUGCAGGAGGCACAGCCGCGCUCUGGCCUGCUGCAGUCGGCCGCCGUCACCCUGUACACCAUGUACCUGACCUGGAGCGCCAUGGCCAACCAGCCCGACGGCAGCUGCAAGCCGCACCUGACCGCAGUGAUCUCUGGUGACACCGGCGCCGCCCCGGCUCCCGACCAGCUGCCCGGCUUCGACGCCCAGUCGAUCGUCGGCCUGAUCAUCUGGCUCGUCUGCGUUCUGUACUCCAGCAUUCGCACGGCCUCCUCGUCUCAGCACGCCAAGCUGACCGGCUCUGACAAGAUUCUGCUCAAGGAGGACACCAAGACACUCGCCAAUCCGAGCGAUGCCAGCACUCUGGUGGAUGCUGAAGGCGGCAGCAGCGGCGCCGAGCGGGAGCGUCCCGGUGUCUGGGACAACGAGGAGGACUCAGUGGCCUACAGCUGGUCCUUCUUCCAUCUGAUGUUCGCACUGGCCACCCUCUACGUCAUGAUGACGCUCACCAACUGGUACUCGCCGAACUCGGACCUGCGCUCGCUCUCCAACAACGCCGCCUCCAUGUGGGUGAAGAUCAUCUCUUCGUGGCUGUGCCUGGCGCUGUACGCCUGGUCGCUGGUGGCGCCGCUCAUACUCACCAACCGCGAGUUCAACUGAGCGCAGAGCCGAUAGAUGGCAGGCAGCGCGGCCAGGGGAUGCCGCUCCAACACUCGACCGAGAUGGGAGACAGCUCCCUGCGUGGGUAAUGUUUAGCUUAGUUGGUGUGUGCAGCUUACUAGUGCUUGACUAAGUGACGGCUAGGUGAGCAGUUAUUGGGGCAGUUAUUGGACUUUUCUUUUAUCGUAAGCUUUGUGCUUCAUUGGAUAGACGUUUUCUGUAAUGUCGAUAUUACACCAAUCGAUCUAAGGUCAGGCAAUUGCUGAGCUGUCUAUCGACUACCAGAGUCAUUUAUUACACAUUGCAUCUCGUAUAACCAACCCAUGAGAUAUUGGUGUAUCCUUGAUAAGCCGUUGGAGAUUACUAAUGUAACUAUGUACUCCCAACAGUUGGCUAGUCAGUGUUCGGUUAAAUUAUUUGUUUGGUUAUUUUUCAGUUCAGUAUCACUUAUCAGCAGCUAACUUAUGAGGUGCUCUUUGUCGUGUACUCUUGUUCUAAUGCUAUCUGUCGUAGGACUUAUCGAACGGAGCAGUGAUUCCGUUUCACCGCACUAUUUUGAGAGGCCUGGUGGUGAUCUGAUGUGAACUAACCCGUGGCAUGGCCUGCCACUUGAUGUAGCUUUUGAUUUGUGACGUGGCAGGCUAUCUUGCCGCCGAUGGAAUCUUUCAUUCUUGUCGCUCACAUUGGCCGCAUUUAGCCGUCGAGACGAACAUUGAGAGUCACCGGUCGCAGUGCCGUCAGUCCGUCUCCCAGCCUGUACUUAGGCAGCGUCGGGCGCCUGCCCACUUUGAUUUUCCUGUGAUAUUCCCGCGCGCUGGCUGUAUAUUGUAGGCCCCACUGUGCGCUCAGUCCGGUCAUAGACAAAGCGACGGCACGGAAUCGUCCGUAGCUGCUGACCCGGCGCCCUCAGCGUGGAGGUGCUAAGGUACUCCCUUUAGACGUAGUGUUUGGUGUCCUGCACCGGCGCAGCUCAGACGAAUCUUGCGCGGCGUAGUUUAAUGCGUUAUUGAAUGUGAGAUGGGAAAUUCCCAGUUUCGUUCUUUCGCUUGUGUUGGUUAAGUGUACACCGCAUUAUGUUGUGGUAAUAAUAUAUCUACGAACUCAAAAUA